UCUGGCUGCCUCCCUGGUCAUAUUUUUAAGUCUUCUGUGUACGAUAGUAAAUAAUUCAGAGUCAGUGGUGCUGCAUACAGGUCCUAGUGCGGGGAAUUGCAGCCUCGCUCCCGCAUUCUGCACUCUGACAGCAGCUCUAGGGAGAACACACACAUCCAGGGAAGCUGCAGAGCACACACACAUUCAGUGAAGAUACCAUCCGACUGCCCUCUCUCUCUCUCUCUCUGUCUCUCUCUCUCCCAAACUCUUCACAGUCUUUCGAUAGCUCAGCAACAUCACUUCUACUGCUGCGGCUGCUGCUGCUACAAGGUAAACAGAGAUUUUAUCUUGUUCUUUUUUGAAGGGGAAAUACAACUUCUUGAGGCUCAGCAGUCUUUGUCACCAGUCCCUUUGCCUCUGUCCAUCCGUAGACGAAAUAUGCUGAAUACCGGAUCGAGAAGGGUCCCGGGAUGGCUGAAGCUGUUGGCCGGCCUAUGUCUGCUUCUCUGCCUGGUGGGGGAGACCGGGGCCAAGAGGGUCCCCAAAAUCCCCCGCUGUCCUACCACCUGCUCCUGCACCAAAGACAGUGCCUUCUGUGUGGAUACCAAGACUAUCCCCAAGAGCUUUCCCCCUGGGAUCAUCUCCCUGACGAUGGUGAAUGCAGCCUUCACUACAAUCCCAGAGGGAGCCUUCUCCCACCUGCACCUUCUGCAGUUUCUUCUGCUGAACUCCAACACCUUCACUGUUGUGGCUGAUGAUGCCUUCGCAGGUCUGUCACACCUGCAGUACUUAUUUAUAGAGAACAAUGACAUCCAAGCCCUGUCAAAGCACACCUUCAGAGGGCUUAAAUCCUUGACUCACCUUUCUCUGUCAAAUAAUAACCUGCAGCUCCUUCCACGAGAACUCUUCAAAUAUUUUGACAUUCUGACAGACUUAGACCUGCGGGGUAACUCUUUCCGCUGUGACUGUAAAAUCAAGUGGCUUGUGGACUGGAUGGAGAAGACCAACACCUCUGUCCCUGCAAUCUACUGUGCCAGCCCAUUUGAGUUCCAAGGCCGCAGAAUCCAUGAUCUCACCCCACGAGACUUCAACUGUAUCAGCGCAGACUUUGCAGUUUAUGAAACUUUCCCCUUCCAGUCUGUGUCAGUGGAGUCCUAUGAAUUCAACGACGAUCAGUUUGUGGCCUUCGCCCAGCCUGAUACUGGGUUCUGCACACUGUUUGUAUGGGAUCAUGUGGAAAUGGUCUUCCGGAUGUACCAUAAUAUAACAUCUCGCUCCGCUGUCUACUGCAAGCCUGUGGUAAUAAACAACACUCUUUACAUGGUUGUGGCUCAACUUUUUGGAGGAUCCCACAUCUACAAGUGGGAAGAGGACCCACAGCGAUUUGUGAAGAUCCAGGACAUUGACACCACACGUGUGAGGAAACCCAACUUUGUUGAGACCUUCCAGCUGGAUGAUGAGUGGUACUUUGCAGUGGCAGACAGUUCCAAGGCAGGCUCUACGAGCAUAUACCGCUGGAGCAGCAACGGUUUCUACUCCCACCAAUCCCUUCAUCCCUGGCAUCGUGACACCCAUGUGGAGUUCCUAGAUGUGGAGGGGAAGCAGCGUCUCAUUCUCUCCAGUGCCUCCCAGCCCCCAGUGGUUUACCAGUGGAACCGCAGCCUGCGCCAGUUUGCCUUUCAUUCCCAAAUCACUGAGACUGCUGAUGUGCAGAUGGUCAAGCAUUUCUGGGUGCGCAAAGUUCUCUACCUCUGCCUCACACGCUUCAUUGGCGACUCCAAGAUUCUCCGCUGGGAGGGGCAGCGCUAUGUUGAGAUUCAGACCCUGCCCUCACGUGGCUCUAUGGCUGUGUAUCCAUUCACCGUGGGCCCACGCCAGUAUCUCCUCUUAGGGAGUGAUUUCUCCUUCUCUCGAGUUUACUUGUGGGACGACCUUACCCAGCGCUUCCAGCCCUUCCAGGAGCUCAACAUGAGAGCACCCCGGGCCUUCAGUUUGGUGUCAGUGGACAACAAAGACAUCCUGCUGGCAGCCAGCUUCAAAGGCAACACCCUGGCCUACCAGCACCUAAUAGUGGAUCUCAGUGCCAAAUAGACUAAUCCAGUCAGAAUCUCUGAGACCAUUCAUGAGUCUGUUCUGUUCUUAUGGGGCCCCGAUUCCAACUUAGGAAUUUACGCCUUUCCUACACACGUCUUUCCAACGCAUUUCUUAGUAUUUUGUAUUCAGACUUACCUUAUUUAGUCGCAUAACGCGCUCUGCAGGUGUGGCUACCCUGCACACUCUGAAUAAAUUUAAUUCAACCUCUGAAAACCCUCCCACUUGCUAGCCAACAGAUUUUCUCAUGGAAUCUUCAUUCAAUAUUGUUUUCAGUACACUUAUCUUAAGCCAUCCCUUUAAAUACGGUGCACCUUUUAGUUUUAAUUUUGUCAACAGACUCGAGAGAACGGGUUCAAAAUAUUAGGGAUCAAUGAAAGAAAACAGCAAUUGGUAGAUGUUAGAUAUAAAAAUACUCUGAUCUUGCAGAUUAUUUGGGUUUAGGAAAGUAUUUAUGAAUCAUAAAAAACAGGUUUAGAGAAACUUUACGCACGAAAGAAAAUGGUGAUUUAAUUCAUUCUGAAAAUUGCCACAUUCAGUUCUUCAACCCAUGGUAAUGUUGGAAGAUUAGUGUACAUAGAAUUAUAACAGGGAGAAUAGUGUACAACAGUGUUCUAUCCUCUCAUCUAUUGCCUGCACUAACCAUGGAACUGUGUGAUGACACGACCAAGUAUUGCGCCAUGCAUGGGGUUCAAACUAUUACAGCUUGGUCUGCGCUUCACUCCGUAAUGAUUGAAUUGUGUCUUUUAUAUCAUCAACUGUUACUAAUGAUCCUCAGCAACAACCACACAGCCGUGACGGCAUUUACAGAGGAAACAAAUGAAGGUAAACAAAACAAUGUAAGUAAAUGGAAUGAUAAUGAAGGCUAUACCAACUAAAGGGAACUAAAAGUAAAUUGUUCAUUGAAUAUGUGUUGUUAUUAGGCCUACUGACGGUCGAUACUGAUAGUGGCUAAUAUUUAACAUGAUAGAAAUAGGAAACAGAGAAAGUCAUGGUAGUCAAGACAUUCGAGAGUGCCCAUCCCUGCAAGUUAAAAAAGACUGUACAAUUUAAAUUCUGCAUAAUGGCACAGUAUUUCAUCAACUUUACUGUGGGAAAUGUUCAUAUGCUUCAGUUUGCUGCCAUAUGACUGGUUUCACGUCUCCAGCAAUUAUAAGGUAAAAUAGACCUAACACAAGUGUCAUUUAUAUUUACAAUUCCCUUAUCAAAAUUGGAUUACUCAUUUACCUAGCUGUUAUCAAUAGCUCUUAUC